AUGUCGCCGGCGCCGCGGACACCCCGCGCGCCGCGACGACGCCAUCCCGGCGCCGCCGCCCUCGCGCUGCUCGCCGUCGCGAUCGCGACGCGCGCGAGAUCUGCCUCCGCGCUCGCGUCGCCCGCGAACGCCGCCGCCGACGCGCGGCACCGCGUCCGACGCGCGUCCUCCCCGCGCCGCGAGUGGCACCCCGCCGCCGUCGCGGCGAGCGCGGAGUGGCGCGAAGACGAGGUCGGGCUCGGGACGCACGAGACGUGCGACACGUGCGCGCGAUGUCUCCUCGAUCCCGCCCCGCCGUCGUUUCGCAACCCGAACGCGCCGCGGGCGGACCCGAAGACCGGCCUCGUGCACUGCGAGAAGUGCCUGGGGUGCAACGUCAUCUUAUCGCGGAUGAACGCGACGACGAGGAUGAAGGGCGAGGACGUGAAGAUCUUCACCGGCGCGUCCGGGGCGGCGGUCAUGCGCGGCGUGACGGCGACGCGCGGCGACGUCUUCGUCAAGGCGUGGUGCGGCCUCGUGGGCGGGUACCGACAGACCCCGCUCAACGAUCCCAUACCGGAGGAGUGCCACGACGCCCCCGGCGAGAUGGAGAAGGACGCGGAGAUGGCGAAGUGCAAGAGGAAAGGCGGCGUGUUCGGGUACGGCGAGUGCAACUUCAAGUUUCUCAACGCGCUCGACGCGCUCGCGGCGGAUGCCAAUCUCUCCGCCGCGACGCCGAGGUCCUGGACGGAUGAGAUUCGGUCGUUCCUUCCCACCGCCCCGGACGACCCGUCGUCCUGGUCCAAGGUCGCGACGCGCGCGCAGCUGUACGAGGUCGUGGACGGGGUCUCCGUCGAGGCGUUCUACGCCCCCGGGAUGACGCGGAAAGCGCUGGAGGUGACGAGGAGCGUGCCGCGGGAGGACGUCCUCCGGUGCGCGACGUUCGACUUGCUCUUCAGCGAGCAGGACCGGCACGGGCAGAACGUGUUCGUGUCUGAGACUGGUCGGCUGCGCGUGUUGGACAACGAGGGCGCGUUCGGGUCGGUGAACUCGAUGUUCCUCCCCGGCGGUCAGAAGUUCGAGGUGUACAGGAUCGGGUACGCGGCGGUGUGUUGCGGGAAUUACCCCGGAGGCGCGGAGAAGAAUUGUCCGGGGAAGAUAGAUCCCAUCUCCGCGCCCGAGGUGCUCAUGGACUACCGCUGCCACGUCCCGGGCGGGUUCGUAGGCACCGCGUUCCCGCCCGGCGUGGAGCCGUUCCUGCGACGCAUAGACGCGAUGACCGAGGACGAGGUGUUCGAACGCUACGGCAUGAGUCACAGGGAGCACGCGGGGACGUUGAAGCGCCGCGUCGCGGACGCCGUCGACGGCGGCUUCGAACGCGCGCUCAUGGCGGCGUACGCUCGGCAAGAGCCAGGCGACGGGAUAAGGUACGGAAACGACUUCAGCUACGGGAUAAACCCGGCGUGCUGCGGCGUCGGUCUCGAGCACUGCGCGGUGCGCGCGCCCGAGGAGACGGCGCGGUUGCCGAGGGAGGAGAGAGUCGCGAGGGCGGGGGAGGAGUACGAGCCUGGGCCGCUCGCGACGCGGCUGUGGCGCGGGCCGGUGCGAGGCGCGCUGCACGUGAAGAACGCGACGCACGGGAGGAAGUUGUUGCGCGGGGGGUACGCGUACGUGUAG